UCCAAACAACCCUACAGCACACGAAUUAGGAAAAAGAGGGUCCCUUGGAACGUCACAGGUUUCCACCCAUUGUCCUUUCAUCACCAUGACCGGAGCAUAGUUUAUCAGCUCCAAACCUAGAUCUGAAGUUUCAUUGUUAACGGAGUAAAGACAGAGUCUGACCAAAGACCGCCUAACGUCCGCCGUAGCGCACGGAUUAGCAGUUAUUUGGUCCUCAAAAUUCCAACGUGCGGACACUAGUUUUUAUAUUGAACCAAGAUGUCCUCAAAGCUUGGGUUUUCCCCUGUUCUGCUGUCAGUAUUUCUGUGGAUUUCCGUGGCUCAAUGUUCGUUUGAUAUACAAGAUCUUAAUCCAGUGAAAUGCCGACUUGCAGGGAUACUAGUGGCUGUGCCAAAAGAUAAUAAAUAUAAAUUUAAUUUUACAACAGCAGUAAGCGUGUGUCAGGAACUUGGAUUAACUCUGGCCAGCAAAGUGCAGGUGCAGAAAGCAAACAAAAACGGAUUCGAAACAUGCAGUUAUGGAUGGGUUAGCGAUCAAAUCGCAGUGAUUUCACGCAUCCAACAUAAUGAAAAAUGUGGCAGAAACCAGACGGGCGUUCUCACGUGGAGUGUGGAAAUCAGCAAGCCAUUUCACGCAUAUUGUUUCAACUCAUCAGAUAUGUGGAUUAAUUCCUGUAAACCAGAGUUUCCCACCACGAACGUCCCCACUAAUGUCCCCACAACAAAACCCCAAGCCUCCACGGCCAGCGAGGUUUUAUCUAACGAGACUUCAAGCACAGAAAUUCCUCGCACAACCGUGAUGUUACAUCAUUUACAAACAACAUCGACUAUCUAUAAUAUAGAGGAGGAUACGGAAACAGCCACCACUGAAAUGUUAUCGACUUCGACAAUCCCUGAAACAGAAGCAGACAACAAAUCGGGAAAACAAGCUUCAACGCAUAAUGGAAACAGCUUUGGAAGCUUACCAGCUGCCCUCCUGACACUUGCGCUGCUGUUUUUUGCCGUGGCCGUCGUACUUGGCGUUUGCUAUAUCAAAAAGUACAAAACAAAUUUGCUCUUCACUCAAAAGAAAGAGGAAAAGGAAAAUGUAGAGACAAAAGUAUUUAAAGAAAAUGGGAACGGAGAACUUCCAAAAACAGAGGAGCAGACGCCUCCAUCGGCGACCAUGAACGAAACCUUAAACUGUUUAGAAGCUGAGGUGUAAUGACCACUCUCUACCAGUAGGGGACAGAGAUUAUAUGGACAAUGAGAGUACUGAAAACCGAGGGUGAAAGGACUGUUGAGUCAGACUGUAUCUUUUGGUGAUGUUGGAUCCUGCCGUAUUGUGCAACCAAUGGGAUCGCAAACAUUGUCCCUUAUGGUUGGCAGCAAAAAUCCCAGUAAGGAAAGCACUCCGCUCCAUGUUAAACCUCUCUCUCGGGUGUUUGUAAAAUAUAAUAUAUUAACCUUUGUAUAAAGCCAUGCAUGGAAAAACUACAUUAGCAGGACUUUACAAUAAACGGAUUGUCUUUACAAAACUAGACUGUAUUCACGGUAACGGAUUGCCUUUACAACAACAGGACUGUCUUCACAGUAACAGGAUUUUCUUACAAUAACAGGACUGUCCUUACGGUAAACGGAUUGUUUAUACGAUAACAGGACUGUCUUUAAAGUAAACAGUUUGUCUUUACGAUAGCAGGACUGUCUUUACUGUAAAUGGAUUGUCUUUACAAUAAAAGGAGUGUCUUUAUGGUAAA